UUGCUUUUUGCUUACAAAAAAUUGUACGAAGUCGAAUUUGUAGUCAGUCUCAGUGGCAGUAGUAAGAUACAUAUCCAGAAUCACACUUAACGCCAGCUAAAAACGCAAGCGAAAAAGGAAGCGGAGCGCGCGCAAAGCAGCGAACAUGUCCUGGAUGGAGAAAGUGGAUCCGGAGCUGAUUUUUACGAAGCAGGAGCGAAUCGGCAAGGGCUCCUUCGGCGAGGUCUUCAAAGGUAUCGACAAUCGAACACAGCAAGUGGUAGCCAUCAAGAUUAUUGAUUUGGAAGAGGCCGAGGAUGAAAUCGACGAUAUUCAACAGGAGAUUAUGGUGCUGUCGCAAUGCGACUCACCGUACGUGACUAAGUACUAUGGCUCGUAUUUAAAGGGCACCAAGCUUUGGAUAAUCAUGGAGUACUUGGGCGGCGGUUCGGCAUUGGAUCUAAUGAAAGCUGGUUCUUUCGAAGAGAUGCACAUCGGCAUUAUACUGCGAGAAGUGCUCAAGGGCCUGGACUAUUUGCAUUCGGAGCGAAAGUUGCAUCGUGACAUCAAAGCGGCCAAUGUGCUGCUGAGCGAGCAGGGUGACGUAAAGUUGGCGGACUUUGGUGUGGCCGGGCAAUUGACUAACACGACCUCCAAGCGAAACACUUUCGUGGGCACGCCCUUCUGGAUGGCGCCUGAGGUAAUCAAGCAAUCGCAGUAUGACUCCAAGGCGGAUAUCUGGUCGCUUGGUAUUACAGCUAUUGAGCUGGCCAAGGGUGAGCCGCCAAAUUCAGAGUUGCAUCCCAUGCGCGUGCUCUUCCUCAUUCCGAAGAACAAUCCGCCCCAAUUAACUGGAAAUUAUACCAAGUCGUUCAAGGACUUUGUCGAAGCGUGCCUUAACAAGGACCCGGAGAAUCGGCCCACAGCCAAGGAGUUGCUUAAGUAUCCGUUCAUCAAGAAGGCAAAAAAGAACGCCUAUUUGAUUGACCUAAUUGACCGCUUUAAGAAGUGGAAACUCUCAAAAGGCGAUGAGAGCGAAACCGAAUCUGAAAACUCCGACUCCGAUUCAGAUGCCAAACAGAGCGGCAGCAGCAACGAUGAACCCUGGAUAAUGACUGUAAAAGGCUUGCACAUUAACAGCGCACCGCGUGCCGGCAUUAACACCUUCCAUCUGCAGGAGCACGAGCUUACCAUGCAGAAGCUCAUGCAGGGCACGCAUUCGCCAACAGCCGCCGCCGGCGGUCCCACAACCAGCAACAGUAUUGGCAAAACUACUGCGGCCGUUAUUCAGCCAAACGCCGGCAACAUCCCGGCCAUGACAAGCACAACCACAGCCUUGGUUACAGCAGCCAACAGCGAUGGCAGCGCUGCCUCUAUGGCCAACCACAAUAACAACAAUAACAACAACAAGCAUGCCUCAACCACGGUCAUUAAUGCUUCGAGCAGCAACCAUCACGAGCAUACUGGUAAGCACGGUGGACACAGUGGUCUGGGCAUCUCAUCAUCUGCAGCGAUGGGUACAUCAAGCUCCACAAGCGAUCACAUGCAAAAGCGUGCCAAUUCGAAGCCCGAGCUGCGUCAGGCACGUCCCAGCUCCUCAACACUGGACCACGUGGAGGAGCGCCGAGCCUCCUUGGGGCUGCCAUUGAGCCUUGAGCAGCAGCAGCAGCGACGCAGCAGCAGCAAUCGUGAAUCAUUCCAUACAACAACAACCGCCGCCAACAAUAUGAGCAGCUCGGCCGUGCGAAACGAUGAAGCUACUUCCAACAAUCAUGGCAAGCUGCCGACGAGUGGCCAACGCCUUAUUCAGACCAAUAGCGCCUGUCUCAACAAUUUUCUGUUCCCCGUGCUUAGCGACAUACAGCGAAAGUACAACAGCAGCGGCAAGAACUUGCAGAAUAUGCACGGCAUGGGGAGCAUGGGCAGCGAUAUAGGUGACCUGAAGUCGGUCUUUGAGCUAGCCGAACGUUCCAGUCCCGGCGUGAGCGAUCUGUUCAUGAAGGAGCUCAUCCAUAUGCUGGUCCCAGGCUAUUCGGAGACGCGCAUCAACAAUAUAAUGGAACGCGCCAUACGCAAUCGCAAAUAGACCGUGCAACGGCAACCAAAUUCCAAGCAACAUGCAACUUCAACUAUAUACACACACUUAUAUACAAUACUAUAUUAUACAUACGUAUUAAACAAAUAACGAAGCGAAAAACUCCGACGAUAACAAGAAAUACAACAAUAUAUUCAGACAUUUAGUGGCCAAUUGAGCGAGAAGGGAGCAGCGGUAGACUUAUGAAACACAAUACAUAUAAAGUUUAUAUAGUUGUAUGUACAUGUAUUUAAAAACUGAGCCGUAUGCGGCAAGAGUUGAUUGAACAGUUGUUUAAGCAUUCAAAAUAUAUUCGUUUGUUUAUCUGCAAUAUUAAUCUAAUGUAUAACAUAUGCAACUUAAAGAAUAAAACCAA